AGCGGUUUGGAUGAGACCUGUGGCUGCUGAGAAUAUUGAUCAGCGAGCUGGAAAAAAAAAGCAACCAAACAAACAUGAAUGCUUCGUUUCUUGAUCCUCUGGAAAAUAACUCCAGACACCUGAACUUUUCGGAGAAGAACUCGCAACUCUUGCAGUUUGAAGACGAGGACUGCCACGUGCCUUUGGCCAUGGUCUUCACCUUGGCCCUGGCUUAUGGGACCGUGAUAAUCCUGGGAGUCUCUGGGAAUCUGGCCCUGAUUGUCAUCAUUUUGAAACAAAAGGAAAUGCGCAAUGUUACUAACAUCCUCAUCGUCAACCUGUCCUUUUCGGACCUUCUAGUGACCAUCAUGUGUCUUCCCUUUACCUUUGUGUACACUUUAAUGGACCACUGGAUCUUUGGGGAGGCCAUGUGCAAAUUGAACCCUUUCGUGCAAUGUGCCUCAAUCACCGUCUCGGUCUUUUCUUUAGUUCUGAUUGCUAUCGAACGCCAUCAGCUGAUCAUCAACCCCCGCGGCUGGAGGCCAAGCAACAGGCAUGCCUACAUGGGGAUCGCUGCCAUAUGGGUUUUGGCCACGGCUUCCUCCUUGCCUUUCCUGAUUUACCACGUGCUGACAGACGAGCCCUUCAGAAACAUAACAUUUGAUGAAUAUAAGGACAAAUACGUGUGCCUAGACCUCUUCCCCUUGGACACUGCCCGGCUUUCUUAUACCACCACUCUUCUGGUGAUUCAGUACUUUGGACCGCUUUGUUUUAUAUUUAUUUGCUACUUAAAGAUUUACUUUCGCUUGAAGAAAAGGAGCCACAUGAUGGACAAGAUGAGAGACAGUAAGUACAGAUCCUCUGAAACCAAAAGGAUCAACAUCAUGCUGAUCUCGAUCGUGGUUGCCUUUGCAGUUUGCUGGCUUCCUCUCACCAUUUUCAAUAUCGUGUUUGAUUGGAACCAUGAAAUUCUGCCCGUUGCUACCUGCAGCCACAACCUGCUGUUCCUGAUCUGCCACCUCACUGCCAUGAUCUCCACCUGCGUGAACCCUAUUUUCUAUGGGUUUCUCAACAAGAACUUCCAGAGGGACCUGCAGUUUUUAUUUCACUUCUGCCACUUCCGCUCCCGUGAGGAAGAUUACGAGACUAUAGCCAUGUCCACCAUGCACACAGAUGUCUCAAAAACCUCUCUAAAGCAGGCGAGCCCAGUCGCAUUUAAAAAAAUAAACAGUGAUGAUGAUGACAAAAUAUAAAGAAGUAAUAAUAAUUCUACACCAAACCUCUGGAAGUUCGCCCGCAGGUGAAAUGUGCCCAAGGACGAGCACAAUUAUGUAACAAGUACAAAAUGGGUAAUGCUUUUCUUCUUUUUCCAAGGAACUUUGACUGUUGUCACUUUGAAAUGUUAUGCUGUGCA